UUCCGGUGGUACUCUCCUUUCCGGACUUUUCCUUGCACAAUUUGUUCGAGGUUCUUGUAAUUUGUAAGAAAAAAUUGACAAGUUCCCACCUUAUGUUUGCUAAAAUGAAACUGUAGAAUUAUGCGAAUUUAUUUUGAAUAUAUAAAUCCCAAAAUUCGAACUAAUUUCUAAUUUCGUUUCACGAUGGCGCUCUCCUCUGCGUUUCGGGAAAGGCUCGAACAAAUGGAACACACCAGAAACCAACGCAUCUCACUUCUCCAGCUAGAGAAACAGGUGCAAGCGAACAAGUCUCAGGUUUUAGCAUCGAAACUCGCGAGUGUACGUUUAACGGAACAAAGAUGCCUUUUACUUGAUCGAAAAAUUGCGUCACAGAAUUUCAAAAUAUUGUCUCUGAAGUCCGAGAUUGAUAUUUCGGAUGCGAAGUACGUAGAUAGUGUAGAAAGACUGAGGGUUUUGAAGAAUCAGGUGGAAGAGAUGGAGACGAUGGAGAAAGAGAAGGAGAAGUAUUACGAGUUAAAAGAAACUGAAAUGAAGGAAUUUCGGAAAAAUGUGGAGAAUUUUGUGGAAGAAUAUAGAUUACAAGUUGAAGAUUUGAGGAAUAAGAUAAACAAGCUCAACUUCACCUUCAAGGAACUUCAAGGCAACAAUGGACAUUUGAGCAACUCUGCAAUAGCUGCAGCUGAGGUGAGGAACUCUGAACUUUUGGCUCUGAAAGAGAAUAUAAAAAGAAACCUGGCUUCUAAUUACCAAGUAAGAACACAAUUACAAAAGCAGCUUCAGAAUGUAUUAAUUGCACAUAACCAAGAGAUGAGGGGCCCAUCCUAACAAAGUGAAAACACAGGAAACAGUUAGUGAGCAAUAAUCGGAUGAGAAACCACAGAGAUAGCGGGGGCUACAGAGACCCAAUAUUGCUGUUGAAACAUUAUUCUUGUAGCAACCUUGAACUCUAUUGCCUUAGGUGGGAAUUUAAUAGAUCUGAAAUGCUAAUCGCAAGUUAUAAUUGAGACAGAGAAAAA